CACUCGGACCUGUUUGGAAACGGACACGGCAGAGGAGGCUUUAAACAUGGAGGCCGCGGGUUCUGGUCCCGGGGAACCUUCUCCUCUAGAGGCCCCGGGGUCCCAGGACGAUCGGCUCUUCCUGGUUAAAGGUGGAAUUUUCCUUGGUUCUGCAGCAGCAGCGGGAAUGCUAGCCGGAUUUCUUACAACAUUAUCAUUAGCUAAAAAGAAAAGCCCGGAAUGGUUCAGUAAGGGCACUAUGGCCACGGCUGCCUUACCAGAGAGUGGGUCUUCCCUCGCUCUGCGAGCCCUGGGCUGGGGAUCUCUCUAUGCCUGGUGCGGGGUCGGCAUGAUCAGCUUCGCAGUCUGGAAAGCUCUGGGAGUUCACAGUAUGAAGGACUUUCGAAGUAAGAUGCAAUCCAUAUUUCCAACAAUUCCCAAGAACUCCGAGUCAGCUGUCAAGUGGGAGGAAGCACUAGAAUCCAAGUGAGAUGGGCGUGGAUGACUCCAGGGGAACAGCAGCUUUGGGAACACCACAUCGGGAAGGGACUGGAGUGACUCCUCCAGCAACACGCGCAGAUGGCCACGUACCCACGGGCCACGCCAUAGCCAUCUGUCUGCGUCUAUGGCACAGGGAAGGCAUGUUUUCCUCGAGCUAAGACGACGGUUUAAUUACUAAGCAGUGCCCCUCGAGGAGGGGUCCCAGAGGAAAUAUUUCUGUUUAGAAUAAACCAUGUUUCAUAACACAAA